AAAUCAAACGCCGUCAAUUAACCCAAAAUCUUCUCGUCAAUCUCUUCUCCUCCCGCAAUCCAGACUUCAAUCACCUCUCUCCUGUUUUUAAAAACUCUCCUUCUCACUACUGUUAAACCAGUUUCAGUUGCUUGUAAUUACUGCUUUUAAAUAAAACUUAAGUAUUAAAUGAAAGAUUCCGAUUCAUUUUUAGCUACUGACUCUCAUACAGAUUCUCACUCACUCUCCCUCUUUCUUGUAAUAACCUCUUCUUUUUAGGGUUUUCCUCUUAGUUAUGGCUAUGAGAGGCAUCGAUUUCAAGUGGUACGAUGGCUUCUUCUUGUCAAUGCUAGCAACAAGUGCAAUCAUUGUUGCUAUCAAUUGGAGGCGUUAUCAUAUUUGUACAUACCCAUUGCACAUAUGGAUAAUGGUUGAUUACACUACCGUUUUUGUGUUUCGCUUGUUGAUGUUUAUAGAUAAUGGACUUGCUGCUGGAAUGGGAUUGGAUUUUGGGCGGCAGCAGAGAUAUGCCCGUUUUUGUGGAAGAAUUGUCGUUCUUUCAAUUCUCUCUCUGCUGCUAUAUCCAUUUCUUUGGGCUUGGACUAUAACUGGCACACUCUGGUUCACGAGGGCAAGAGAUUGUUUACCAGAAGAAGGUCAGAAAUGGGGUUUUCUUAUAUGGUUGCUUUUCAGCUACUGUGGACUGAUUGGUAUCGCUUGCAUCUCUGUUGGAAAGUGGCGGGUACGAAGACAAGCACACCACUUACGUGCUCAGCAAGGCAUUCCUAUUUCAGAAUAUGGGGUAUUGGUUGAUUUGAUCCGAGUGCCUGAUUGGGCGUUUGAAGCUGCAGGUCAAGAAAUGAGAGGAAUGGGCCAAGAUGCUGCUGCAUAUCAACCUGGACUCUAUUUGACUCCCACUCAGAGAGAAGCAGUGGAGGCGCUCAUUCAAGAACUUCCAAAGUUCAGGCUCAAGGCUGUUCCAACUGAUUGCAGUGAAUGUCUCAUCUGCCUCGAAGAGUUCUAUGUAGGGAACGAGGUUCGUGGCCUACCUUGUGCUCAUAAUUUCCAUGUUGAAUGUAUUGAUGAGUGGCUUCGACUGAAUGUGAAAUGUCCACGGUGUCGCUGCUCAGUCUUCCCUAAUCUUGACCUUAGUGCCAUAUCUAAUCUCCGUGCUGAUUCGGAAAGAUCUCCUGCCACUGUAACAACCAACCGUUAUGUGAGAACUGUGCCUUCCAGCCACAGCUAUCUGUUGAGAAUGCAGGGUCUGCUGUGGCCUGUCCAAUCUGGGAAUGCUGGGGAUCCCACUGAUGCAGAUAUUGAUGUGGAAGCUGCUGAGAAUGGAAGUGCACACAUGGCAACCGGGGAACGAACAGGUACGGAAUCAGUUUCAUCAGCUGGACUUGCGCUUGUGGGUCAGUCCACCCAAACUCAUCACUAGUCAUUUUAUUUUUUUUGGAUAUUAACCCUGUGCCGAGAAAACCUAGGUUCCACUGAAUCUCUCUUUAAUGAAAACGCCCUGGGCUGUUUUAUAUAUAAUACAGAGAAAAGCUAAUUGAUAUUUGUUCA